AACGUGUUUGCGCCAAACAAAACCCCCUGGCGCUGUACCUUUGAUUUCAUUGGCCAUCGAAACUUGCACGAAGGACACCGACCAUACUAUUAAUCUACGUCCGUCGAUGGCCGCAACGUAGCGCGCGGCUAGCACCGUCAGACGGAAGUCCUUGCUCUUCUGAACGUCAAGCCAAGCGAGUAUGCAGCAAAUGCGGACACCACUUGGUCGCGACGUCGGACUAGUUCUUCCUCCACUGAAACUAAGAUGAACUAUACCAAGUGCAGCCCUGGCAUCGCCACACGAGCUACCGUUUGCGCCCGAGAAGCCACGCUGUCGUUGACGCUUCCGCUGGGAUUCAGCCUCAUCGCGUCCAUCUUGGGCGUACUCUCCGACGUGUUUCACUUUUUGUCGUACGUUCUACAACCACGUAUCGACCGUUCUACCAUCUAG